CAAAUGCAUAUGAACGAUUAUUUACUCAACUUUUUGAAAUUAUUGAAAAUUUGAAUAAAAUUUCUGUAAAAUUUUAUCAUAUUGAUAGUAUAAAUUGGAAAUGUAUUCUAGGCGAUCUUGAUGCAAGAAAUUUAAUGGCCAAAGAUUUUAAUAAUGAAGUUUAUACAUUAGCAGCAUCAAUUUCAUCUAAAUCUAAUGUUGAAGAGGUUUAUAAAUGCUUUAAAAAAUUGAAAACUUUGAUGAUCAAUGAAUUAUAG